UUGCCAUGGAGACCCUUAGCUAGUGUAGAACCCAACAAAGAGGCCAUCUUAGAAAUGGCUGGAAGCCCUCACGAGGCUUUGUGGAUCACGUUCCCUGUGUAUGUGCAGACCUGGGAAUAUACAUCCCCAGACUGCCUCAUUGGGACUGAAUAUGGUAAGUAGGUGGGGGUGGCCCUAGUUGAGUGGCCCAUGGGGCUCCACACAGUUAUGCUCAAAGCCCAUUGGGAAAAGGCUGCAGGUGACUGCAGCUGCCAGAGUGGCCAGUGGGGCUCAGACCCAGGAGUCACCCAGUGGCCAGCAGCUGCUCUGGCAACCUAUGGGAAGGUGGGAAGCUUGGCCACCAUGUAGGGCUGUUGGGAACCACUGCACCCUGAAAGCAGGAUGGCUUCAGACCUUCUGUUCCCUUCUUUCUUCCUUCUCAUACCCAUCCACACCCCAAACAGCCUUCCAGGUGAAUUCAUGCCUCUUCUGUCUGGAGGGGACCCUAAGAGGCUCACCAUACACCAGCUGGGCCUAUGGCAACACGGGGCUCUACCAUCCCACAACUGUGAGCCCCCCCUGGGACUACACCCCUCCCCAGGCCUCAGAAGAUUCCUAUGGGAGAGGCACCUUCCCAGAGAACUUCAGGACAGAGCGACUGAGUCCGGACCUGUUGGCACUGGGACCUGCAGUGCCUUCCUCCAUCCCUGUCCCCAGCAGUGCCUACGGGCCCCCCGACUUUCCUAGGAGCUUCUUUCCUCCAAUCAGAAGCCCCCCCAGUCCAGCGGUCUAUUCUUCCCCCAACCUUCCUGGAACCCUGCCCCUGUCCACCUGUGCAGAGGCCAGGAAGAAUAGGUACUGCAGAGCGAAAGCCAGUCCACGGUGCUGGCUAUGCAAUGCUGAUGGUCAGAUGAUGAAUAGGCGGAACAAGCCCCAAAGGCGCCGGAAGGUCAGCAAGCGGGCAGGUGCCCAGUGCUCCAACUGCCAGACAACCAUCACGGCAGUGUGGCGGCUGAAUGCCAAUAGAGACCCCGUGUGCAAUGCCUGCGGCAUUUAUUACAAGCGACACCAGGUGAACCGGCCACUGACCAUGCGGAAGGAUGGUAUCCAGUCUAGAAAACCCAGGGCAUCACAGAAAAAAAAGAAGCCAGUGUCGAGUCUGGCAGGCACAGGACCAGCCUUCCAGGUGAAUUCAUGCCUCUUCUGUCUGGAGGGGACCCUAAGAGGCUCACCAUACACCAGCUGGGCCUAUGGCAACACGGGGCUCUACCAUCCCACAACUGUGAGCCCCCCCUGGGACUACACCCCUCCCCAGGCCUCCGAAGAUUCCUAUGGGAGAGGCACCUUCCCAGAGAACUUCAGGACAGAGCGACUGAGUCCGGACCUGUUGGCACUGGGACCUGCAGUGCCUUCCUCCAUCCCUGUCCCCAGCAGUGCCUACGGGCCCCCCGACUUUCCCAGGAGCUUCUUUCCUCCAAUCAGAAGCCCCCCCAAUCCAACGGUCUAUUCUUCCCCCAACCUUCCUGGAACCCUGCCCCUGUCCACCUGUGCAGGGGCCAGGAAGAAUAGGUACUGCAGAGCGAGAGCCACUCCACAUUGCUGGCUAUGCAAUGCCGAUGGUCAGAUGAUGAAUAGGCGGAACAAGCCCCAAAGGCGCCGGAAGGUCAGCAAGCGGGCAGGUGCCCAGUGCUCCAACUGCCAGACAACCAUCACGGCAGUGUGGCGGCUGAAUGCCAAUAGAGACCCCGUGUGCAAUGCCUGCGGUAUUUAUUACAAGCGACACCAGGUGUGCCCUGCCUCAUGGAGACUCCCCCCUGGACCCCCAUCUCACUAGCCCUGUCUUCCUUCUCCUUUUCCUUUCCUGUAUUCUUCCAAACUCCCUUCCUCUCUUCUCCCUGUUAUUCUCCUCCCUCCUUUCCCCCUCACCCCUCUCUUCUCUGCACCAUUCUCUCUUCCCUGCCUUUCUUUUCCCUCCCUUUCCCUUCUCUUUCCUCCAUUUCUCAUCUCCUUACUCCUCCCCUCCAGCCAUCAGCUAGUCCUAUGGUUAGAGGCUCUCUGGCUUAGGGCCUCACAAGCUCAUGAUUCCUUAGGGCAUUACCUGUGCCACAGCUGGGGUCUGCUCCCCUAGUCCUUGACCCAGUUCCCGACUCUUAAGGAGUGGGGUGGAAAGGGUGGAGACACAGAGGCAAGAGUCUGAGGUUGGGGAUCACUCAUGGCCUCU